AUGGCGUCCUACUUUCAGUCCUACUUCCAAGCUUCCUCCAUGCCGAAGCGCCUAAUCCAAUAUGUGCUCUCGAGGAUUGAGAUCCUCGAUACCGAUGCCUUGGAUCUUCAGAACUUAGAUAUAGCAUGGGGGAAGAACAGCACCUUUGAAUUCAAAGACGUUGCCCUGCGGAUGAAGAAAUUAGAAGCCCUUCUGCAAUUACCGCCUUCACUCGAACUUGUCAAAGCACAGGUAAUCCUCCUACGUCUGACUCUUCCGGUAGAUAUCUACAGUAGCCCUAUAGUGGUGGAGGUAGAUGGUGUAGAAAGUUCCCUGCGGGUCAACUCCAAGUCAGAGACAGGCACACAUUGCACUUCUCGUACGAAUCAUGACCGGAUACGGAACCGACCACCUGGGAAGUCCUCGGGCCCUCCAAGCCGGUCAUACCGAUCCCGUAGAGCUUCCGAGAGUACAGAUGAUGAAGAGCUGGAUACUGCGAUUCCCACGGCUGUCGACCUCGCCCAAUCAUUUCUACAAGCGGAGCCGGAGGAGGAGAGGGCAGAGCUGGAAGCUGCAAUCAUGUCUGAAACCCAAGAAUUUGGAUCAGCUUCAAUUAUGAGUGAAGAUGGCGAGAUUCCAGUUGGUACAGGCGCUCCUCUGUCUCUGCCCAACUUCAUGGCAAGGUUUAUUCAGGGCAUCGUGGAUCGACUUCAAGUCAGGAUCAGUGGCAUCACUAUCAAUUUGGAUAUCGAGGUUCCGAACGAUUCCUCAAGAAGAACUACGGCCAAUCAAGCAGAUGCCAUUACUUUCCAGUUGAAGGUGGAGAACGUAGAUAUCGAAGGGGUCACACAUGAGGAAAAGAAUGAUACGGAAGAUGCCAGUACCUCGAAACUCUCACUCAAAGAAGGGAAACGGCUUGUCUGUCUUUCCAAGAUUCGAGGGGCCUUGAUCUCUGAAGCUAACUUUUUCUCAACUUUGGCCCGAUCUUCUGCAAUGUCGUCGCCCUCUGCUACCCAUUCUGAUAUAAUUGGAGAACGAAGAUUUGACUCCAAGUCCAAUUCGAGCACAUAUGAGAGUGCGAUUCAGACAUCUGAUACCUCUUCUUCUGAUCGCAGUUCAACAAUUUCUUCUAGCAAACACUCGGUAGCUCCUUUGCUCAUACAGUCCAGCGAGCUGCAUUCGCUUCGCGGUUCGGUCGUUGCCAGCGAUAGUGGGAGAUUCGAAGAUGCACCAGAGGACGAUGAAGUAUUAAACAUGUCCAACAGUAAUGCGAAUAUCAGUGAAUUGGGCGAUAGCAUGUAUCGAGAUAUCGCGUAUCUGGACCAGGUCACGGAAAGCGAAUGCCUUCAGGAGCAAGACAAUGAUGAAGACGGGCCUUCUUUACCACCAAUCCAGCAGCAUUCAAAUAUUAUUCGAUCCACGUCCCCUGUUACUACACCACGGGCCUCCAUUCACAUACAACUGUCUGAAUCGCACGACCUCCCUCCAGAGCCUUCACAUUCCGUCCAAGAACGCCGUCCACUCUCAAUGCUGCAGUCCACCAUACUACCGACAAGUCCACUUUCGAGAUUCUCACAGGAGCGAAUUUCGCAUUCUCAACCAGCUCUUUCUAGAGAGCCCGACUCACAAGAUACAAUACCCGCCAACCACGAUACCAGUGCUAGUACUGACGUCGCCGAGGAGGCUCUUCCAGAUGACGAGUACGAUAAUUCAACGCCUUUAGCCGAGCAAGAUCUGGCACAGUCCCAAUUUUUCAGCCAUGAAGAGGCAGAGAGUAUGUACAUGAGCGCAAUAUCAUACACAGCUUCUACCUCGAGGAUUCCUGGUGGCUGGGCACACUCUAGCAGUGAGAGUGAGGGGCCAGUAUCUUCGCCCAGAAUACCUACAACUUUCCAAAUCGACAGGUCUGAGGAUCAACUGGAUAAUCUUGAGCAUGCUCGUCAUGUUGCUCCUCAGGAGUCUGUUGAGCGGCAUAAGAUAGAACCUAGUCUGGGGUCUCUCACUUCAUCAAGCGCAAUUCCGCCGUCCAUAAGGAGACCUUCGUCAUCAGCAGCUUAUCCAAGAGGACAAAGGGUCCCAGAGCUGCCACAAAAAUCUAGUGAUGCCUCUGAACGAUCCACAGCAUCGUCCGACGAAUACGUCCUGUUGGCAAAGAAAUUUUUUGACCUCGAUCAGGUGAAUAUAUAUCUACCAGCAAUAGAUCCCCAAGGCAUUGCAGAGCCCGCCGCUGUUACCUCCCCUGCCGUGGGCGCCAGCUCCAUCUUUGACAGUCAAUAUAUCGCCUCCCAGUCGUCUGUUAAUGUGCCCGGAGCAUUUUCCUCCCAUCUUCCUGCUCAGCAGAAACCAUCGACCCCAAAAGCCGACAACGCUACUCCAGAAACCAAACAGGCUGCUAGUUCCACCGAUGCUAUUGAAGUCGUCAUUGGAAAGCUGUUAAUUCACUUCGAUGUGUCCAUUGGGAAGCUCGUUUUCAAGGUCCUCGAUCAGCUGAAGGAUAUCUUUGAGUCUGCGCCAAAAAAGACUGCGCAGCCUCCCAAGCCCGAGAUUGUUGAUAAGAAGUUCUCAUUGGGUGUUGAGCAAAUCUCAAUCAAGUUCCUUGAGAGGCUUGAAGGUCUCCUGGGCUCACCAACUGCUCCAACUAUGGCGGACCAGAGCGGAGGGUUACCAUCAGGUGAUGUUCUCUUACAAAUGGACUUCAGUGGCCUCAAUCUUCAUUCGCAUGCAUCUAAACAAGUCACAAAAACAUCAAUCACGCUUAAAAGAUUUGUAUUUGGGUACGCGCAGGCGAACAUUGUGUGUUUCGAUGCAGGUCUGCAGAUGAGAGCCUCUGUCAAGGACCUCAGAGCUUCAGACGGGAUUGAUGUGUCUAUCAAUAUGACUCAAACUGCUGAUACUACCCGAUGCUCUAUAACUACUCUUCCUCUCCAUGUCUCGGUCGAUCUACAGAGACUCGAUGAAACAUUCAGCUGGUUUGGUGGUCUCAGCAGUGUUUUGAACCUUGGAAGCUCAAUUGCAUCGAACGCAACCGUUACUGCCACAAGCCCCAGCAAACCUAAGUCUCGAGGAGUGCGGUUCGAGACACCCAUCCAACCUGAAGAUGCUUCUUCGACUGCACAAAAUAAAGCCGAUCUCAGAAUUGGCGGCUUCAUUCUUGACUUGGUGGGCACCGAUUGCAGCAUUGGGGUCGAGACUUCAGCCGUCAAGUUAGUGACUCGGGAUGAGGGUAUUGGAGUAUCUAUUCAAAAGAUCAGAUUGUCAGGCCCACAUCUCAAAUUGUCAAACGAUGACCCUGCAAUCAGCGUUGAUAUCACUGGGACCCGUAUCGAGUAUCUACCAACCCCGAACGAUGCCGAUUUAGACCGGCUCUUAUCGCUCAUCACACCCUCAAAAGCCAAAUACGAUCAGGACGAUGACAUCUUGCUGGAGACACUUCUACGUCAGCGCAAGCAAGGCGCUGUUGUGAAGCUCACUGUUGACGACUUCCAAAUUCGAGUCGGCAGGCUGAAAGAGUUGGCCUAUCUUCCUGAGCUUGGCGAAGAGGUCGCUAGACUUGCUACCGUUGCCAAGUAUCUACCAGAAGAUGAUCGACCUGGUCUACUAUUCCUGGUCUCGGCUCGCAAGUUUGAUGCCAAUAUCGAUUUCGGGAGUCCACUGGGUGCCAUCCAACUUUCUUCAUGUGACAUCGAGGUGGCACAAAUUACCCUGCCGGCACUCGUUGCACUCAGUGUAGGCAGUGUAUCUGCCCGCCGAAACAGUUCAGAAGAUCUCCUUGGGAUGGCUACUGAUCCUGAAUUGCGAGAACCAAGGGCUCGAGCCCCUGUUAUCAUGGCACGAAUGAUUGGGGACGAGAUGGAACCUGUGGUGAAGAUCAAAUUGUGGAACCUGAAGGUCGAGUACCGAGUACCUACACUGAUGACGCUGAUGGGCCUGGCAGAAAAUGCCACCCCUCAAGAAGUAUCUGCCAGCUUGACUGCUUCUGUAGCGACUCUGACAGACUUUGCUCGACCGAAAGCCUCACCAUUUGCCUCCAAUUCCGCCCAAAAGUCUUCCAGUCCUGGCUCCAAACCAAUGAGGGUCGACGUCAUUCUCGGAGACUGCAUUCUAGGUAUGAAUCCGUUGAGCUUGCCGUCAAAGGUUUUGGUGGUCUUGACAGAGGCCCAUUUGGAAGCUAUCCUCCCCAGGGACCAAGUCGCAAGUGCUUCCAUGGAGCUCAAUAAGGCCUCCAUACUUGUUAUUGACAAUGUGGCACAUCUAACAAGCGGACAAGCAAAUUCAAAGCUUCACCGGCACGCAUUCGAUGGUGGAAGCACACAAGUUUCGGAUCUUUGUGACAUGGGUUACGUCUCUGUCAGUUACAUAUCUUCGGCGAAGGCAGUCGUCCACAUGACAACGAGCAAUGAAGGAGAACAGGCGCUUGAUGUAGAACUUCGAGACGACUUGUUUGUCCUCGAGUCCUGCGCCGACUCUACCCAGACGCUAAUUGCUGUCCUCGGCAACUUGUCGCCUCCUACUACUCCAUGCAAAGAAACCAAGUAUCGUACUAAGGUCAUCCCCGUUCAUGACUUGCUGGCUUCUCUAUCCGGAGACGCUUUUGGUACAGCUGAGGGGGACUACAAUUUCGAUGAUGAUUUUGCCGUUCCAGAGGGAUUGGAAGGAGACUUUCCGGGCGAUGAUAACGAGCUCGAUUUCGACUCUCAUUACUACCAAAAUGAGUCUGAAGAUCUGUACAAUGCUGAUGACGAUGGGGUCUCUUCGGCCUCAACACGUGUUACGAGCCGUGAUACUCAUGACGGUGUCUUACUGGAUAGCUUUGUGCAGCCGCCCGAAGCCCUGGAAGAUCCUGUAGAUUUGGAUUUUCAGGAGGAUCAUUUCGGUACUGGUUCUGUUCUGGAGGGCACAGCACACCGAUGGAACUCUUCAAAGAACACAUACGACCAAUCGAAUGCUUACAAGGUUCGAAAAAGCCCACUUAAGGUCUGCAUUCGCGACGUACACAUAAUCUGGAACCUGUUCGAUGGUUAUGAUUGGCAACACACUCGCGAUACCAUCACCAAGGCAGUUCAAGACGUGGAGUCAAAGGCAAUCGAGAAGCGAGCAAGAAGCGACAGGCUUACCUCCUUCGAUCAGGACGUUGAGGAUGAGGAGACUGUCAUCGGCGAUUUUUUGUUCAAUUCCAUCUAUAUCGGUAUACCGUCAAACCGAGACCCUCGUGAACUUGCUGCUGCAAUAAAUCAGGAGCUCAAUGACAAUGCAACAGAGACCGAGUCUAUUGCAACCACGUCUUUGUCGUCUUCUCCGAGCAGACCAAGCAGUUCCCGGAAGCACAAAACCAAGAAGUUACGCCUUAACAGGAGCAGGCACCACAAGAUCACUUUUGAGCUUCGAGGUGUCUGUGUAGAUCUUGUUGCCUUCCCUCCUGAAAGUGGAGAGACUCAGAGCUCGAUUGACAUUCGUGUCAACGACUUUGAGAUCUUUGAUCACGUCCCAACAUCGACCUGGAGAAAAUUCGCUACGUAUAUGCAAGACGCUGGUCAACGAGAAAUCGGCACUAGUAUGAUACAUAUAGAGAUCCUGAACGUGAAGCCAGUCCCCGAACUGGCUGCCGCUGAGAUUGUGCUCAAGGCGACUGUCCUCCCACUCCGACUUCAUGUAGACCAGGAUGCUCUUGACUUUAUUACUCGGUUCUUCGAGUUCAAAGAUGACUCUGCUCCGGUCAAUAAUUCGCAAGGCGAUGCACCCUUCCUUCAAAGAGUGGAAGUAAACUCGGUGCAGGUCAAGCUGGACUUCAAGCCAAAGAGAGUCGACUACGCCGGUCUACGCUCUGGCCACACAACGGAGUUCAUGAACUUCCUGAUUCUAGAUGAAGCAGACAUGGUACUCCGCCAUACUAUCAUAUACGGCAUUUCCGGUUUCGACAAGCUCGGAAAAUGCCUCAAUGAUAUCUGGAUGCCAGACAUCAAGCGCAACCAACUCCCCGGCAUCCUCGCUGGCCUGGCACCCGUCAGAUCGCUUGUCAACGUCGGCGGCGGCUUCAGACACCUCGUCGUAGUGCCCAUGCGGGAGUACAGGAAAGACGGCCGCAUCGUGCGCAGUAUCUCCAAAGGCGCCGCUGCCUUUGCAAAGACAACAGGCACCGAACUUGUCAAACUCGGCGCCAAAGUUGCCAUCGGCGUGCAGACGGUGCUGCAAGGCGCCGAAGACUUGUUAGGUCCUACAUCCGAGUCUGCCCUUCCUAGAACGGAUGAUGAUGACUCCGAGGAAGAGAAGAAGCACAUCUCUCUUUAUGCCAACCAGCCCGUCGGCGUUUUUCAAGGCUUACGAGGUGGGUAUGCUGGCCUACAGAGGGAUCUGGUGUUAGCGCGGGAUGCAAUUAUUGCCGUACCCGGGGAGGUGAUGGAGGGCGGAAACGCGGCGGGCGUGUUGAAGGCUGUGAGGAAGCAUGCGCCUACCGUGAUUCUGCGGCCGGCGAUUGGGGUCGCGAGGGCUGGAGGGCAAAUCUUGAUGGGAGCUACGAAUUCUUUGGAUCCGGUGCAUCUGCAGAGAGCUGAGGCGAAAUAUAAGAAACAUUGA